AUGAUCAACAUAAAAUAAUUCUUGCAGCAAUCAAUGAGUUUAAAAUUUAUCCCACUAAUCUUAAAUGUCUUAGUAUAAAUAAAAUAGCAAAAGAUUAUGGAAUUCCUAAAACAACUCUUCAAUAUGCGAUAAAAAAUGACAGCCCUCCUAAUCGCCUAGGUCCACCUACCGUCCUAACUGAGCAUGAAGAAAGCCAGCUUGUUGAUCAACAAGAAUCUGAACCACCUUUUCCUAAAAAAAGAAAAAUAUUUUUGUUUGCGCAGCUUCUUACUUGCGAAGAAAGUUGGGAGCAGUUGAAAAUGGCAAAUGAAGGAGCAAAGAAAAAAACUGAAGAAGCGAAACGAAAAAAAGAAGAGUAG